AUGGAUGAUUACGAGUACGGCGACGUCUACUCCAACGCCGGAUUCAGAAGUAAUGACGUGGACAUUGAGGAAAUGCCGAAAGUGAAACCGGUAAGAUAAUGGAAAAGAAAAAUUUGCAGGCACAAGACACAUAAACAGUGGGGCGCUGGGCCGUCUCCUUAUCCUUGAACAACCAAAAAGUAUCGAUUUGUGAGCGUCUCGUGUCUCACAUCGAACGGCAUGGCGCAGGCACUCCGUCCUCUCUAGCCCCGGGGGCCGGUGGAAGGAGAGCGAGAGGGGGUAGAGAAAAGAGAUGGAGGCGAAGCAUUUACUUUGAAACAUGCGCAGACAUGCUUGCCCCGCUCCGCAAAGACAUCGGACGAACGGUGGAGAGGCCUAAGAGGCGAGGCGAUGGCCGUCAAAGCGGCGACCGUCCGGCCGAAUUGAGUCGACACGGCGGCCAGCCGGCCCCCAAGGAGGAGGAGAGUUGAGAAGAGUGUAGAAGUGAGGCAAAACGAGGGACAACAAACACACAAGCACUGAAAUUCUUCGCCCCCACUUCUCGGCUCCCUCUUUCUCUCGCGCCCCACCGGCCGGCCGCCCCCCCUCCCUCGUUUUUUUGCGUUUUUUUGUGAGUGUCAUUGCAAUUGCCUCUUGGCCCUCUGCUGUCUCCGCGACGCUUCGCUUCUCUCUCUGCCCAUCAGCCUCCCAGGCCGCCCCUGUGCCUCUAUCCAACACCAGCGAGUUUUCGGUGUGCGAGGCGCUUCUAAUUCUUCGUUGUCUUGCACUUUGAUUCUCUUUGAUUCUCUUUGUUUUUCCCCCGUCUUCUCCAGCUCUUUUUCGACUGAGCACCAAGUUUCACGUGUUACCUAUCGAUUCGCCCCUAGUUUAUCUGCUUUUCCUCAAUUGAAAAGUGCAAAUUUUGCUUCGUCCUUCUAAUUACAAUUGUUCGAUCCGCUUCUUAUCCUUAUCUCUUUGUCUGCAUUUUUAAUUACGUAAGUGCGUGAUUUCACGGUUCUUAUGACCUUCACACAAAUUUGUUUUCAUCUGCCUCUCGCUCAGUUAGAUGACCAAUGAUGACGUGCAUCCGUAGAAGAUACCACUCCCACGAUAUAUAAUCGGAAAACGGAUUUUGUUUCCAAGAUGCGUUUCUGUUUUUUGUUUACGCCGUUUCGCGCAAAGUUUCACAUCGAGAGCAUAAGAGGGCACGUGCCCGCGCGUUGUCAUGACAAUCGACGACACUUUUAGAAGAAGCUUCACACUUUCAAAAACAUCUGAAGCCUUGAAUUGAACGGUCCGAAUAUUCGUUCUUUCUAGUUCAUAGAUUAGCUCAUUUUUCAAUGGUUGCUCUCGAAAUUGGCUCAAUUUCCAUUUUUCCGGAGAACCAGAACAAAUGGAAUGUUGCGAUUUGGCAAACAUCAAGAACCGACAAUGCCCUUUUACGCUUGACUGAUUUUUUCCUCGUAUCACAUGUUCCUCUCGUGCUGCUUAAACUAGGUUUAUUCCAACUGGGUGGUCUAGAAAUAUUCGCUUCAUUUACACUCGAAUUCUAAAUUCUAGAGCCAAGUUUGAAUUCUACCGUAUGCCUAUCACAUAAUGAUUUCAUUCUGUCCCGCACCAAAAUGUCAUCCAAAUUACUAGUUACCUCGUCCUCAAUCACCUCCAGACUCCGCCUCCCGCAUGCACUUUUUUGAGAAUCCUGCUCCGGUUUACACAGCGGUAGUUUGGCAACAUCAGCUGCAUUUGUCCUCUUGGAAAAUGGGAAAAGACGGUUUCGAAGGGGGCAAGUUGCCGUGUCUCUUCCUCCGUUUUCUAUGUGUUUUUUCUUUCAAGUUGCGCAACAAUCGGCAGUUUUUUCAAUCGGCGACGACGGCGGGCGCCCGAUCGCGCGACCCGCCCUUCUGGGUUUUUCUUACGAUUCCUUCGCAUCUCGCCUGGUGUCCUCCUUCUCCUUCUCCUCCUGUAUUGGCUGUUUGGGUCUGUCUGCCUGUGUGACUGUGUGUCCUUGCGCUCUUGCGCAGUCCUUCUUUCCUCUUCUGCGCAAUGCUGCGCUCUACCACCACCACCACACUCACUCACCACCAAUACACACAGAAAAAAGAGAAAGACCCCAAGCCCCAUAGACACACACACACACAUAGAACGAAAGAAUGUCUUCUGUGCGUGUGCUAUUCGCAUGUCACCAAUAUACCAACUUGUUGGUCUCUCUUUCGUCUCUUUUUGAGCUCUCCUCCGGUCGGGUUCCUUCUUUGCGCCCGCCCGCUCUCUCCAGCUGAUUGCGGGUCCCCACACACACACACACCCGCUGGCUAAUCAGGUGGAAGAAGAUGGAGCCGCCGACGUUUCUCUUCUCUUCCCUUUGUUUCAAGUUCGAUGUUGUCAUUUUGCUCGUUUAUCACAACUACCGUAGUCCCGUCUUCUUUUUCUUCUUGUUUCUUCUUUGUAUUGUCACCACGGUCGAAGAAGAGUGAUUUGGUUUCGGUUUUUCUACUCUUCGAUACGAUCUUUAUGCGUUUUUCGUGUUGAACUGUUUCAAUUUCGCAAAAACAACUUGAAAUCGAAUUUUCAAACGCAUUUAAACGCUUUACUUUCCAAUGAAAGUGUCUGCUUUUGACAGCUUAAACUAUUUCUGAUUCUUUCAAUAAUCCGUUGACGUUUUCUUCUGCUACAAAGCUUUUACCAUAUGAAUAUGAUUUUAAAGUGCAAUAUUCAAUAUCCUAAACAGUGCCUCUAAGAAAUCGUAUCAACUCCUGUGAGAGUGAAAUUUGCUCCUUUCCACAGUGCACAUCUUUGUGGUUUGAUUCCUAUGAACUUUUCGGAUCAUCAUUUCAUUCCCUUCCUCCUCUCGUUGUUUGUUCCUUCCAAUGGGUGGCAAACUAUCAAAGAGCACAUCCAUCUACGUUUUUGCCCUUCCGCUCCAAUCGGCUCUCCCCCGUGCUCCUCGUGACGGAUUCCAUUUCGACGUCUUCUUCUCCUUUUCCUUCUUCUGCUUCGUCUUCUUUUUGUCCAUCCACUGCUGCUCGUUUCUCUAAUCCACAUGUAAAUAGUUUGAUGCUUCGUCGUUGUGCUUCUGCUCCUCUGCUCUGCUCCCCGCUCCUCUUUCGUCCUGCCCUAAUUUAUUUCGAUAGGGGAGGGCACCACCCCCCGAUCUAAAGGGAGUGUAAACAUGGGAGCAUCUCCCCGAAAUUCGACUGAAACUCGUGCUUUUCAGUUCGUGUUUCGGACCCUUGUCACAUCCGUCCAUCUUCUUCGCACAUCCUCGUCGUUUUCAUCUUGUUCGUCGCGCCCACAAUGACCACUUACUCCAAUAUUUAUGACAAUGGCUGGCUGCUGUCGAAAUUUGCAUGUCCUGCCCGUCCGCCAGCCGCUUUUGUGCGGCCAUUCCAUCCGCAUUUCGACGUCUUCCCUUCUCCAUUAAAAAACGCGCCCUUUCGUGUCACUUUCCCGCCCUUUUUGUGUCUUUCUUCGUUCACCAACAUCUGGCGCCUUUCGCGCCUCGUGAGAUGCGAUGCUUUCAUUUCUUUCCAUUCUACCUCGGUCGAGAAAACAUCUGGCUUGUGCCCAAAGUACUGUACUUUUGCACUUUGUGUCCAGCUGCCUCUCUCCGUGCCCAUUGAAAGGAAAAAAAUGUAUAUCACAUGGUGAAUGGAGAGCCGUGCCACUUGGAAACAAAUAUCGGGUCCCUUGGGUAGGUAAUGCAAGCAUAUGCCUACGCACUCUCUCUCUCUCUCCUUGUUGCCCUUUUUUGAGUGUGUGACCAAUCACAGGCACCUUUCCCUUUUACUUACAUACACACACAUAUGUUUCGUAAUAUGCUAAAGUGCACCGGUAGUCCGACGGCCUCUGUUGUUCAGAUUUACGUAGAGUUUCGAAAAAGAGGAAGCGAGUAGGCUGAGCGCGUGGCGUCGUUAGAACACACAUCUCAUCCGAUUAAUGGAUCGCCAAGGGAGUCGGAGGCAAAGAGAGAGGUCAUCCGGACACCCAGCAUGUGAACAAGUAAAAGAAUGGCGUAAAAAAGUGGAAGAGAUAGAGAUCGAGAAGCUUUUCCUUUGAUGCAAGAAAAAACUUCUAAACGGACACGCAAAUAUUGACGAAUGCCUUCGAUCGAAGGGUUGAAAAGAAAACAUUACCUUUUUUUUCGAGUGCGUAGCGGCAUUGAAUGAAAAAAAUACGAGAAGAGAGGAAUGCACUUUGCAAGGGGAUGAAUGGCAUGAUGUCAUACAGUUGGACACCUGGUGGUCAGCUGAUGUUUGUCGAUUUACGUAAAAUUGGAAAGUUACCAUAGUAAUAGUAGUAUCAUUUUGAGAAGGCCUAAGUUACUUCCUGGCAGUCCGCCCCCAUCUUUCGACCUUUUUACACCUGUUUCUUGAUUCCCUCCUCAUCUGUGACGCGUUUCCUCUCCGCUUUCGUUCCGGCGCCCGCUCCCACCACCUCCUAUCAAUUAGCUCAUGGAGCCCGCACUCUUUUUUCCUCCCUCCGAUGCUCUGCGCCUUCUUUGACAGAUUAGAUUUGCGGUUUCUGCCCUCACCUCCCCGGGAGAUCUCCUUCCUUCCUAAUUGAAGGUUCGCAGCGAUUUGAUCCGCUUUUCAUAUUUACUUGCAAUCUUUGGUGCUCUCUGCUCUCCUUCUUCCCAUUUGGCUCUCGCCGGCGGUUUCGCCCUUCUUCUGUGCCACACACACUAUCAUCCGCAACAACGGCCGCCAGCUCCAAUCCCAUUUUGUCGUUCAUACCAAAACUGAGAAUUGGAUGGGAUACGAGCGAGCGCCUACUGAUUGUAUGUGUCCGCUUGAUCGUUGCUCUUUCUCGUUCUUCUUGGCCCACCACGCUUUGUUCGAAUCUACGGCACACAUGCAUACACACACUAACACAUCACACUUGCUCUCGCUAACCCGGAGGAUCCGUUGUUGCUGCUCCCAACAGAUGAGAAGAGCAGCGUGCAUGCGCUCCCGAGUGUGUGUGUGUGUGUGUUCCGAAAUGCGCUAAAGAAAAUCGAUCUGAUCCGAAAGGUGCCGACAAGAUCCGCAAAAACAAAGGCGGAAGGAUCAAAGCUGUUCUGGUUGCACUUUGAGCAUCAUCUUCGGAGCAAACUGAUCAUUUUCGCAAUGCUCCUGGCUCAGAUAUUACGCUAAGUACCCCACCCCCUCAUGCUCCGCUCGUUCUGAAAUCUCACACUAAUUUUCUUGUUUUGUCAUUCUUCUCCGAAUGUUUUUGCCACCGAUCUGAAGUCGUCGGCCCUGCCAUUCCGAAUAUAUCGCAUUUGUGCCCCCACGCGGCGCUCCUCUCUCUCUUCCUCCUUUAUUUUUUAGUUACUAUUCGCCUAUAUUUUGACCGUCCACUCCUUCUUCGUCCCUCUCUUUCUCCUUCUCUCUUCCUUAUCUUUUUUCUUGUUCCCUGCCUUCACCUCCCUUCUACUGCCACCGACCGUUACCGUUUUCUUCUUUUCCGCCCCACGUCUUCUGCCUGCCUGCCGGUGUGCGUGGGGGUCGACGGCUGCGGCGACGCGCCGGGAGGUGGUGUCGAUAACCUGAAAUGUCCUUGAAGUUGUUAUACACCGUCUUCAUCGUCCGGUCGUCGUAGGAGGUGACCAGGGAAAUAGAAAAGAAGGAGAAGAAGUAAAUCGGAUAGUAUUCGUUGUCUUUAAAAUUUCGAGGCUCCACUUUUCCGCUCUUUCCCCCCAACCUUUUCCACCUUUCUUUUUGUUUCUCGUUCUAUUUCCUUCCUCUCUCAUCCAACUUUUCUUCUGAUCGUUCGCUAUCUCUCCCUAUCUUUUUCCGCCGGAAUAUCCAUCUCUCCCCGUGUCUCUUCUACUUUUUCUCGCUUCCUCCUUAUAAAUAAACCCUAUAAAUCAGGCGCCCAAUUCUCAGAUUCUCGCCUAACAAACACGUCGUUGCCUAUGCGCCAUUAUUGUCCGAAACUCGGUGAAAUUGGUUGAACACACGAGGUGAGUUUGUAAAAUAUAAAAAUCGUGUCUUCUCCUUUUCCCUCCGCGCCUUUUUCCAUUGAAAAAGAAGUUCGACCCCAUGAAACAUUUCGAGAUGGUGGUGAUGGUCAAUGGAUUGGAUGGAUGAGGGGAGAGGAGAAACGAGUUUUUUGUCACUCGCUCGCCAAAGGGCAAAACCAACACGUACACAGUAAAGAAAAGAAGAAGAGUACGGGAAGAACAGCGUCUGCAAGAAGUUAGGGCAUUGUAAACGGAAAGGCCGGAAAUCACCGUCUAGGAAACUAGAGAUUGUUUCAAACUACAAUUCCUGCGUUAGCUUACACGAUUAGUCAUACUUCUAUUUCUGUUUUCGAUGCACUUUCCAGAAUCGUCUCUGUCGGUGCUUACGUCUGAGCCGCGCGAUCAUCCGGGGUUCUGUAGCACGCGACGCGAGCCAAUCAUCUCUCCAAAUCCUCUCGAUCUUUGGCAGCUCUUCAUUUGUAGCGCAUAUUUUCUCAGUCGAAAAAGUAGUCAGAAGACUAGUCGCACUGGCGGAGGGGCAAAGGUGAGAGCAAUCCGUUUCUGUCCCGUGUAAUAACUUGUCUAAACUACGAGCGAGCGAGCAUCACUCAGCACUCUUUCCUUCUCAUCGCAAAAAUGUGUGCACUUUUUGGGUCAGCUCCGUCCUUUUUAGGAUGGUACCAGGUGCCGGACACCUGCCAUGUCCUUUCGUCCCGGCCUCGUCUGGCUUUUUGUAAUCGUUCAUUAGCGUCCGCCCCGUCUGACUUUCAUUUGUAUGCCUAUGACUGAUUGCUCACAAUAGUUGAAGUCCUCUCGCCAAAGACUCUCCAUUUUCACACACUCGCCAUCAAUCACAUGAGCGUGAGUGCGCCCGGAGCCAUAGAGACAAAACAAGCGACUCAUUUGGGCACUCAUUCCCUUCUAGCCAGUCUGAUGAGCUCUGAGAGCUCUGAUAACCGCUCUUGGCCUCUUUUCAAACGCUCUCUUUUUUCAGAUGGACAUAGUAGUGGUCCUAGCACUAGUCGUGCUAGCCUUCGUCUUCAUCCUCUCCCUCCUCAUUCUCGUCAUCACGUGCCAGAAGCGACGUCACAAACGGCCCAAACAUAAGGUAUCUUUCUUCAUCCAUUCGUUCCCAUCUAUUCUUCAUGCCUCCCAUUUCCAGAUCCUGGUGCCGUUCGAGACGCCACCCGUUCGAUUCACUCGUCCUGUCAAUGACGAGGUCGAGGAGAUCGACUCGAUGGAGCAGCUGAACGACAUGCUCGGCGAGCUACUCGACAAGAAUCCGUGGCUGUUCGAGGCACGCGGAAUCAUGCAGCACAUAGUCGCCACGCUCACCAUCUGCCGGAGCAUCACGAUGAAAAUGGCGGGAGUCCAGAUGCCGUGCUCGCCGUCGCCGUUCCACGACGCUGUCAACAUGGCCAUCCGCAACAUUUACCCGCGCUUCGACGAUCUCAUCGAAAGCAUCGCUGCGCAGCCGGUUGAUUUGCGGCUCCUCGAGGCUCGCGCUCUUUCUCUGGGCACCGUCUGCUGGUCGUUGUAUCUACCGUUUACGCUGAUGGACGAACGACACAAAGAGGAACUGACAAAGCCGUUAAACGAGAUGAACCUGCACUUGGUCACUAUCCGAACAGCCGCUCAUCUCGUAACCAUAUCCGAAAAAGGAGUCGAUCAGGUGAGCUCUAAUAGUAAGAUCUUUCUAAACCGACUGAAACCCUUGAUGUUUCAGAAAAUUGAUCUCGUGGACUUGAAAGAUCAACUGAUGCGGAUGCGGCGAAAAGUCCGCGGAGAGCUGAUGAUCGACGACGAAUACGAAACGGAAGAUGAUCUCGACGACGACGUCAGUGAUGACGACGAUGCACAUAAUCAUCUGGAAGAAGACGGCGUGCUCGUGAAGAAGGGCGGUCCGACGAACGAGCAUCACGAAAAGACGCCGUUGGUGCAGUCGGAAGCGACUGUCGACAUGAUCGAGAUGACCAGAUGUGGGUUUUCAUGAUUUAUGAUUAAUAUUCUGACUGAUUAACUUUCAGUUCCCUUGAUCGAUCCGGAGAAGCUUAUGAUGAGCAACGGAACAGGAACUCCGGAGAAGCUGGUGCACAGCAGCUCUCCAGUCCAUCUUCACCACCACCAUCACCACCCUCAUCACAUGACGAACGGCUCUCUGAAUACGGUGGAAGAGUCGAAUGAGGAUGAUCAUCACGGCGAAGGGUACGUGAGCUAUCCAACAACUUCCGUAUAUAAUUAGGCGUGUUAUUAUCGAAAACAAGAAUCGGUUCGAUUCCCUGCGGGGCUCUCCGGUGAUUAUCUAAAUCACGAGAUUAUCAUAACAACCCCCGUUUUGGCUUUUUAGACGCUGAUAUCUGAUGAAUCAUCUUAGUCAGAAGCGCAGCGAAGUACAACUCUUCCAUAACAAUUCUGAUUUCAGCACGUCGACGUCAUGCUCAUCGUCUUCCACAUCUUCCUCGGCGGCUUCCUCCACGAAUCCCAUCGACCACCAUCCGAAAGCAUGA